AUCGUUAGUAACCCACUGUACUAAGAAAAAAGCAAAACACAACAACAACAACGUCUCGCAACUUCAGACACUUUUCUCACAUUUUCUCUCUCCUCAUUUUUUACGAACUUUAAGGUUUUUCAUUUUUUUUCUCUCUCAUCCGCUCCGAUGUCUUCGCCGCCGCCGGAAAUUACGCCGUUGAUUCCGGCGGAUAACGUGACAGUAACGGCGGCGCCGCCUGCGCCGCCGACAGGAGAAGCAGCCGCCGUUCCACCUACUUCGGAAACGGCGUCGUUUCCAGUAACACCUUCUUCUAGUUCCGGAAUGCCGAGGCAAACUUUGACUGCUUUGGUAGUUGGAAUUGGGCUUGGAGGGUUAAUUGUUCUUAUUGCUGUGGGUAUUUUCGUCUUUUUUAAGCGGAGGAAGCGGAUGAAGGAAGAAGAUGAGUUAAUGUUGCCUACUAAACAUAAUCCUUGUGGUGGACAAGCACAACAGUUCCAGCACAAUGCACCUUCGUCUAAUAAUGAUAUGGUUCAUCAGCAACUUAAAUCUGAUCCUUUGUCUGGAUCACAAUCACAAGGUGCUGUUGUACCAAUACAACCUUCAACAAGUAGCAGCUUGGGCUCAGAGAAAUCGAAUUCGGCACAGCCACCUGGGAUGUCAUUGCCUUUCCCGAAUGGCACAUUUACUUAUGAAGAAUUGGCUUUGGCAACAGAUAAUUUUUCAAGUAUCAAUCUUCUCGGUCAGGGUGGUUUUGGAUAUGUCCAUAAAGGAGUCCUGCCUAACGGUAAGGAGAUUGCAGUCAAACAGUUGAAAAGUGGAAGCGUGCAGGGGGAGCGCGAGUUCCAGGCCGAGGUUGAGACAAUAAGUCGUGUGCAUCAUAGGCAUCUUGUUUCACUUGUUGGACAUUGCAUUUCUGGAGAUAAGCGAAUGCUUGUCUAUGAGUUCAUUGCUAACAAAACCUUGGAGUUCCAUUUACAUGAAGGAAAACCACAUAUGAGUUGGGAAACAAGAUUGAAGAUUGCUUUGGGUUCUGCAAAAGGAUUGGCAUAUCUUCAUGAAGACUGUCAUCCAAAAAUCAUUCAUCGAGAUAUCAAGGCAUCAAACAUUCUUAUUGAUGACGAAUUUGAAGCUAAGGUUGCAGACUUUGGACUGGCCAAGUUUUCUUUUGACACAGAUACUCAUGUAUCUACCAGAGUUAUGGGAACUUUUGGUUACCUAGCUCCUGAGUAUGCCUCAAGUGGGAAACUAACUGAGAAGUCAGACGUCUUUUCCUUUGGUGUUGUGCUUCUGGAGUUGAUUACAGGACGCAGGCCAGUUGAUAAAGCUCGUCCCUUCAUGGAUGAUAGCAUGGUUGAAUGGGCAAGGCCGCUGCUAACACAAGCUCUAGAAGGUGGAAGCUUCCAUGAACUUGUUGAUCCUAGAUUGGAGGACUAUAACUCCUCUGAGAUGGCUCAAAUGAUUGCUUGUGCUGCAGUAUGUGUCCGUAGUUCUGCGAGGCGACGGCCGCAAAUGAGUCAGGUAGUAAGAGCUCUGGAAGGGAACUUGUCUGCUGAGGAUCUGCUGAAAGAAAUUGCACCAGAUAACAGAGCAUUCCACGGAAGUUCAGAUUAUGACUCUAGUGCCCAAUACAAGCAGGAUUUGAAGAAAUUCAGGAAGCUUGCUCUUGAAAGCCAAGAACAAAGUACUGGUGAGUACAGUGUAUUCACCAAUGAGCAUGGUGUUCCCCCGUCAACCUCGAGUACUGAAAAUCAACCUGAUGACACUCAGGAGAUUGAAACUGGGAAAUCUAAAACAGGCACCACAGGUGUUCUUGAAAUUCCUGUUGAAUAGAUUAAACUUUGGAUCUAAUUUAAGCUAAAUUCAUUCUUUAUGAUUUCGUAUAUUAUCUAGUAGAGUUAGGUGUACAAAGAAGUUUUUGUUAAUCGUAGUCUUACUAUUUAACAUGGCAAAGGCCAUUGUAUUAUUGUAUAUGUUCUGAUAAGCUUGAGAGUUCAGACUUAACUAGUGUAUCACCUCGAUUCUUUUCUUACUAGACUUCCUGAGCA